UAGUGGUACAGUCCGAUCCGGAGGCCAGUGAGGGAUCGUUCGCACCAGCAGAGCAUCAGCUGUGGCGUGUCGUGGAGUGAGAAACUUCUCUCCCUCCUCCUUGUUGCCUCUCUUUCUUCUCAUAUUCCCUCGGACACCUUGUCAUCUAACUUUUCAGAGACGCAGUGACCGGUGAACAGCAGCUGGCUGUACAGGCGAGGGUUUCGUUUGUUUAUUUAUUUUUUAUUUCUGACCUAUCUGGACGCUCUCCGGAGGAUUUCCUUUUCCAGUUCAUGCAACUGGAGUGACUCGACCAACUCCCCCCUCACCCCACCCCACCUCCGAAUCCCUGCCUGAGGAAUGAGAGGACUGCUGGAGAGGAAGAGCCGAAACUCGCAUGUUUGAAUGAACAAAAGAACAGAAAGCGAGGCUAUCGCUCCCGGAAUGGAGGGAAAUAUUCUGCCUGCAGCAACAUCUCCCUGCCCAGUUCUAAACACAAACCCUGUGAGACCUGAUCCAGAGGGGGAAAGCAGUCCUUUGAAGACGGACAACACCGAGAGGAUGGAUUCUCCAGCUAAGAAAGAUACAGACCGAAGACGGACGACCCCUUCAAAAUCUGACAUUAUCUCUCGAUCACCUGCGUCACCAGCAUCACCAGCCCUCAAGUCAAAACGAGAUGCCAUGAAGUCAGAAGACAGGCAGAAGCUUGCAAAAGAGCGGCGAGAGGAGAAAGCGAAAUAUCUAGAAGAGCUCAGCAAGUUGCAAGCGGCCAAAAAGACCCAGUGGCUGGAGAAGGAGGAAAAGGCGCGGCAGCUCAGGGAGCAACAGCUGGAGGAACGACGCAGGAAGCUCGAGGAGCAGCGGAUCAAGGCGGAAAAGCGGCGAACGGCCUUGGAGGAGAGACAAAAACAGAAACUAGAGAAAAACAAAGAACGGUAUCAGGCGGCCAUCAACAGGUCAACAAAGAAGACGUGGGCAGAAAUCCGACAGCAGAGAUGGUCGUGGGCUGGUGCACUAAGCCAGAACUCAAGCCAGAAAGAGGGCAGAUGCUCUGUUUCAACGGUCAACCUGCCCAAACACGUGGACUCUGUUAUAAACAAGCGACUCUCCAAGUCCUCCGCCACGCUCUGGAACUCGCCCAACAGAACGCGCAGCCUUGCGUUGAGUCCGUGGGAGAGCAGCAUAGUCGACCGGCUGAUGACACCAACUCUUUCUUUCCUCGCCCGGAGCCGCAGUGCUGCUAGUGUCCUCACAAAUGGAAAAGACGGUCACUCUCCUCUCUGCCCUCGUUCAGCCUCUGCAAGUCCGUUGACCCUGUGUGGCCAUCAGCCGCACCACCGCUGCUCUGACCGCUGGAGGGUGACGUCCAGCUCACCAGAUAUCACCCAGCGUCAACGCAGGCGGAGCUCCACACCUAUGGAUAAAAACAAGAAGGAAAAGAAAGACAAAGAAAGGGAGAAUGAAAUGGAAAAAAGUGCCAUCACUAAAGAAAAAGUGCUGAAGAAGAGACAGUCUCUACCUAGUAUGAGACAUAGACCUGAUCCAAGUCCUAGUCCUUUAUCAAGACAACGGCCAGCGUCCCCUGCCACACCCAAGGGCAGAACUGCCUCUCCCAGCCCUGCUGCCUCCCCCAAGCCUCCGUCAGCACGCGGAAGCCCGUCAACCCCGAAGGCCCGGCCCAAAAGAGCCAGGACCCCUGCCAGGAUAGACCACCGGACCUCUUCACCUGCCCCUCUUGAGAGAGUGAGACAGCCCCAUAGGCCAGCCACCCCAGAAGAAAAAAAGAGUUCCCCUGUGGCUCCUGCCAUUGUUGUAUCCUCAGCUACUGCCAAUGCAUCAGGCACACCAGUCACAGCCAGCGCCAUUUCCUCCUUGCCCGAGCCAGCCAAUUCCUCUCCCUCUGUGCGUGCAGUGUCACCUGCACCCUCUCCAUCCGCUAAGCCCAUGGCAGGCACGAAUGACCCAGAAGAGGCGGCUCGUAUUCUGGCAGAGAAACGCCGACAGGCCCGAGAGCAGAGGGAGAGGGAAGAGCAGGAACGCCGCGAACAGGAAGAGAAAGAGAGGAUCCUGAGAGAGGAACGCUUAGCGAGGGAAGCAGAGGAGAGACAACGCAGGGAGGAGGAGGCACGGGCCAUGGCUGAGGAGCAGAGGAAGAGGGAUGAAGCAAAGAGGCUGCAAGAGGAGAAGGAGGCUCAGGAAAGGGCCAAAGCUGAGCAGGAGGAGAAUUUACGGCUGCAGAAACAGAAAGAGGAGGCUGAGGCUAGAGCUCGGGAGGAGGCGGAGAAGCAGCGCCUGGAGAGGGAGAAACACUUCCAGAAGGAGGAGCAGGAGAGGCUGGAGAGGAAAAAGCGACUGGAGGAGAUCAUGAAGAGGACACGGAAGACAGAUGGAAGUGACAAGAAAGAGACAAAGUCCUCCCCAGUCGAACAUGUCAAUGACAAACAGGCAGAGAGUAGCAAAGCAUCUGCUGACUACCAGCCAACGCCUGAGGUCGGCAUUCCCAACAACAAAACAGAAAACGGACAGGCCGAUGUCAAGGAAAGCCUCUCAAUCCAAGCAGUUAAUGGGGUCCAGGCUACGAAGCUUGAAAACGGUCUUUCGACAAAAGAAGACACUGUCCACUUGGAAGACAUCAUCCAUCUCACAAAUCACGGCAACUCCACUAACGGAGCCUUGGACAAGUCUGAGACCAGCAUGCCCACAGAGCCCAUCCUUUCUUUUGAAAGCGAGGAGUCAUUCAUGAAAAAGGCAGGCCCAAUGAAGCCUCAGCAUGCUGCGGAGGUCCUGUGACAUAUUCCAGCGCUGAAGUGCUUGUUGCCUUAGGCCACUGACCUUUCCUAGUCCUGCCAAAGCUCGCAUUGCGAGCCCUGUGACCUGUGCCAAUCAAAAAAAAGCAAGCAUACUUCCCUCCGAAGAUAAAGUGGGUCACAGAAGAAGAUGACGACAAAACAACUGACAGAACAGGAUGAAAGGUGUUGCCGCAUACGGCACCGUUGCUAUCGUUCAUCAAACUCUUUGCAGCACCGAUUCCAUGCACCUUGCUACUCAACAGUAUCAUCCUUUGUACAUUAUAGUACAGCUGAGUAAUGAUUACAGUAUACGGAAAAAGAACUGUUUUCUUUGCUCUUUAGUUAUUUAACUAAAAGAAAAAAAUUAAGACUGGGUACAACUUUGUGUAUAAUGUAAAUGAACUUUACGUAUCGGGAAAAGGAAGGUUGGAUCAGUGGAUUAAAGCUGUUUGAAAGGGAGUCAUUUCAUGCUACUCUAUCAUGAGUAGAUAUGAAUAAAACCCAGAUACUGUACAUCCUGGUUUGUACAAAACUACCUGUACCGGUUUUUGAAAAAGGUAGACUGAGAAAUCAGAAGAUCUGAAAUUAAACGUCACAAAGAAUGGCUUGUUACUUUGUGUAAACAUACUGUUGGUUCAUGUCUAAACCUCAGCUAUGAUUGAUUGUAUGCAUAACUGGAUGUAAUAAUAAAUCUGCAACCUUUACAAUUAAAAAACUGUAAGUCAUCAAAGGUCAAAUGUCUGUAAACGGAGAUCUCCUCCACUAUUUAACAAUUGAAGCCGUUUCCCUCCCCCACAUGUGCAAGCAUGACUUUUUUUUUUCUCAUUUGAAAUUCUGGCGCGUGUAUAUGCUAUAGAUAUAUUUUGAUGUGCGAUGUAAGGCCAGUGGGAAUAUCUCAAGUCUUAUUAAAGACAAGUGGUCCAGUCUCUGUUCUAAUCGUCCUAUGUCCCAACCGUUUAAGGAUUUGAUGCAUUGUGAGAUUAUUCUUAGCCUGAUUCAGAUUAGUACACUUAAGAAAUAGUUCAUUUGUUAUCAGUUGAAUAGUUUUCUACUUUCAUUUGCUUUGUUUACUUCAGACGCUCAACAGUGGCCCACUGUUACUGAAAGUAAAAAGAGAGCACAUGCUAAGCAAAGGAAAACCGACAUCUAAGCGGGACCACAAGCCUUACAGUCUGUGCAGCUAAUGUGCUAGGCAUGCAAGUUGGUUCAGCUGUCCAUUUCUCUUUGGGUCUCCUUUUACAAAAUCUCAACAGGGGGUACAUGCCACUCUAUCUGCUGGCCCUCUUUCACUAUAUUCUGCAGGCCUGUGGGAGAUCUGGCACGCUGUGUUUGCAGCCCUGUAGGCAGCUGAAGUGCACACAAACACAAUUUAUGCCUCCUUCUACCACACGUGAAAACAUGCCACGCUGAUCAUAUAAAUUAUGUGACUAUGUUCUAACCUUGGUAGAAUGAGGGAUUAGAUUUUCAACUUGAAACUGUAACAGAGACCCCCAGUGGGCUACAUAAGAUGAAAUCACUAUGGUAAAUACAGCCAAACUGUCACCAAAAUGAAACCGAAAGCCAAAGACGGAAAACUCUCUGAUUCAUGAUUAAGGAGUAGCUGAUCAAGAUUUAAUGCAAGUAAAAAAAUAUCUAUUUUUUUCAAACUGUUUGAUAAAACACCGAAGUUUUUUUGGGAACUGCUUUUCUUACGGUUUCAUUAUUGCUACAAAUUGCCUCUUAAGUCAAGCUAAUGCUCGCAAACUUUCUUAAAGCAACAGUUUUUGCAGUUACAGCUGCGUCACUGCUUCAAACUUUUUUUAAAACGUGUUAAAUAACACACAUCUUUAGCUCGUAUACGACACAGCUUUAAUCUGCAAGACAGUUGACUUGCAUGAGCAGGAUGUUAACUUCAACCACAUCUCCUCAUUAGUUCACUUUGUUGUUCCUAAAGUUGUCCAAAUGAGUCUGCUGCUAAAAGCUGUAUUCAUCGACCCCACAAGAGGGUGCAGCACCGCAGCAUGGACUGCACAUUUGACUUCUCUGUUUUCAGGCUUUAAACUUUAUUACUGCAGUGUGUCAAAAGAGGACACAAACUGAAAUGUCCCCAUUUUAAAAAUCUCUAUAUUUUUUCCAUUAAUAAUAAUGAUAAGAUUUCUGCCAUUUUGUGCAGCUGAUCUGUCAGUCAAUCCCUGGUAAUGUGCCGUACUUCUCAGAGGGGACCUGAGGAUUAGUGGGGACUAUUUUUAGGGAGGUGUUGCAAAGCAGUGGACAGUUACAGGUUGAUUAGUGCCAAGUUUCAAAAUAAAUUCUCACAGAAUGAGGGGU